UUUAAUAUAUUAUUUUUUUUAUAUCAAAAAAUAUAUAUAUUAAAAUGUCGAGAGAGUCCGGUAAAAGGUCCGUGGAUAUGGGCGCCGUGAACCGAAGUUCGAGGAGAGGCAAAGCUAAAUCCACCUCUGACGGUUCGACCUCACGCGUUUCUCGAGGAAGACACUCCGUCUCUUCCUUUCCUACUAUCCCCGAUCACUUAAUCGGGGACGCUAUGACGGAUGAAGAAUUCGACCAGAUUUAUUCUGGUAGAGGGGACGCAAAUCUCCCCACUCUUGAUAGUGUAUUUGAAGAUCUUGAUGAAGCAAAUCUGGAUAAUCUGGACGGGGACGAGGAGCCUACACCGCAGAGCAACGACGUCAACGUGGAGGCAGAGGUAAGGGCAGCCUUUUUGCUUAUAGCGACGAACAAAAUAAGCAAAAAAUGGCCGAAAUGAUUUGUGAAGAAAAUUUGCCAUACAUGUUUUCUGAAAAACUUGGAUUUAUUGAUUAUUGUCAACAUGCAUUAAACCCUCAAGCACGAGGUUUUUCAAGAAAAACAAUUAAACGAGAAAUUAUUCGUCAGUAUAAAACUGGAAAAAUAAAUUUGGCAAAUUUUUUUCUCAAUU